UCCGACUUCACAUCCUUCACAAUGUUUUUGUUUCCUGUUUGCGCCAAACAUCAAAUUUGCAGCAAACAGAACUAAAGUUCAUAACGUGUGAGUGUACUUUAAUUAAAUAUGAUUUAAGAUUAAACCCGAGCUUUAAUGGACUCGAGCUCAAAACCCUCUGCGAGACGAGAAAAGGAGAGUGUGACGGCGCCCCACAGAGGACGACCGAAGUCUGACAGCGGCUCACUGACCUCCCACACGGAGUAUCCCUCGAGACGUCCCUUCACCAACACACCCCUGACCUUCACUAACAGAGCCGUCAGAGCCUUUCCUGAGAGCAGCGGAGCAGAAAUCCUCUCGGCGCUGAAGAACCUGCAGGAGAAGAUCCGUCGUUUGGAGCUGGAGCGAUGUGACGCUCAGCAGAAGCUCCAGACCGUCUCCACACACUCGGACCACACACACACAAACCACGAUCUACUCUCUCAGCUGUCUGCGGCCGAGACUCGAUGCUCACGCUUGGAGAAACAGUUGGAGCACAUGAGGAAGACUGUGAGAAACACUGAAUCAGACAGAAGCGCUGUGCUGCGCCGACAGGUGUCUCUGGAGCGUCUGGGAUCAGCGGAUCGGACUGAUGUUCAGCUGAAGCUGCAGAAGCUGGAUCUGCUGGAGCAGGAGUAUCACCGGCUGACGGAGACUCAGUGCUCCACUGAGAGGAAGAUCCGACAGCUGGAGAGGAAACUACAGGAAGAGGAACAUCAGAGGAAACUGGUGCAGGACAAAGCAGCUCAGUUGCAGACGGGUCUAGAAGCCAAUCGUCUGCUCAUCCAGUCAGUGUCUCCACGUCCACACAAAUCCAGCAGAAACAACCCAAAGAAGCUCUCAGCAAAGAGAAAUCCGUCACAGCCGCAUUACAGACUCAGUCUGGGAGACGUGCCGUUUGUGACCGGGAUGUCGACAGGCUCGAGUCACUCCGUGCGAGCAAACGUCCAGCACGUCCUUCAUCUCAUGAAGCAGCAUCAUCCUCAGCUGUGUAACGAGCGAGUGCUGGGACACGCCCCCUCCACCAAUCACAGCGCUCGCCAGGCCAGCAGUAGCUCCUCCUCUUCCUCUUCCUGUGGGGAGGAGCUGUCAGAGCUGCUGCUGACGCUGCAGGAUGAGUUUGGACAAAUGAGCUUCGAGCAGCAGGAAUUGGCCAGACAGAUCCAGUCGUGUGGUUCGAAUCGCUUGAGGCAGGAUUUGGAGCGAGAGAUGGAGACGCUGAUGAAGAGGAUGGAGAAUAAAGGAGAACAGAUCGCCAAGGUCCGGCGACAUCAAACUCAGUGCGGUCAGCAGAGCGCCGGGCUGCUGAAGGUCAGAGACGGUGGAGACAGUCUGCGUCUGCUGAAAGACAUGCGCUCGCUGCAGACCUCACUGCGCAGCUGGGAACACUGAGAGGGUCACACGAGCACGUCCGGGUCAAAGACUUUUUCCCGGAGGUUUGAUUCAUUUGGAAAACAUGAUGUUUGAUGACGAGCCGAACACAAUCUGAUUCCUGGAGAUGAGGCUCGCCCCAAAAAUCCUGAAACGCAUCUUAUCAGCUGUUUUAUUAGUGUUUUUCAUGUUUUAUUACAUGGAGGGUUUAUUAUGUGUUUAGAAUAAAGGACAGACUGAUUAAUGAAAUGGUUGUUUCUACCUCAGAUAUUACCCAGAAUUCCUGUGCAGCUCACUUUACAGUAAGAUCUCGUUUCUUUACAUUAGUAAAUGCAUCAACUUGCAAUCUGUAAAUAUAUUUUUACAGCAUCUAUAAAUGUUAUUUAAUUUUUUCUUAUUUUGGUUUUCAGUGGAUUAAUAUUAAGAGACGUACCUUUUUAU